CGUCCCAGGCGCCCUCGCCGCAGCUGCUGUGCCCGGCCCGUAGGUUCCAGUUCAGGGACCACCCGACUACUCCAAACCGAUUCUCAUUGGCUCCACGGAGAAGAUAUCCAAUUCAGCAGGCCCAGUACUCUGCACCGGGGACCCUUCCCACAGUGUGUUGGGAAGGCUACCAGAGGAAUAACGUGCUCUCUGCCCGAAACUCCCAGAUGGUGUCAAGCCCUGUGACUGUGAGGAUUGCUCCCCCAGAUCUACCCCGUUCCCCCCCGGAGCAGGUUGUGAAUUCAGCCGUGCCUUCAUCAUCCAGUGCUGCCCCAGACCCGUGUGCAAAGGAGACCGUGAUGAAUGCGCUCAGAGAGAGUCAGAAAAGGGCGGUGGAGGAGGAGGAUCAGAUCUUCUGUGAUGCCCAGGAAGACAAGCGAAGGCGCCACGACAGUAGUGGGAGUAGACACUCAGCGUUUGAACCCCUGGUCGCAAACGGAGCCCCAGCAUCUCUGGUUCCCAAGCCUGGAUCUCUGAAGAGAAGCCUCACUUCCCAGUGUACAGAGGACAACCUGAAUAAGAGAUCUCGAACCUCUUCCACCAGCUCUCAGACCGACACCUCCCCAGGGGGCAUCCCCAGCUCCAUCCGCAAUGCCAUCUCCAGGUCCAUCCGCAAUGCCAUCACCAGCUCCUACAGCUCCACUGGGGGUUUCUCACAGUUGUGGAAGAGGAGUGACGCUAGUACCUCACCCCUGUCUAGCCCCGCCUCAUCUCGCUCCCCGACCCCGGAGAGGCCUGUGAAAAAAGCACGAAUAGAAGAGUCUCAUGGGUCUAGCUGUGUGACCCCCGUGACCUCAGACAAGGAAUGUCAGGCAGAGAAGGUGACGGAUACCGCAACUUGGAGGAAACAGAGCUCCUGGAGCACCCCACCCACCUCUGGGAGUGGGAGGAAGCACAAACGCAAAGUUCAGUUAUUGGCUUCUCGGCGAGGGGACCAGCUCACCCUGCCUCCACCUCCCCAGCUCGGUUACCUGAUCACUGCUGAAGACCUAGACUUGGAAAAGAAGGCUGCAUUUCAGUGGUUUAACAAAGUCUUGGAAGAGAAGGGAGAUCCCCCUCCCUUUUCUGUCGCAGAGACUUCACCAGCUGGCACUCCAGCUUCAGGUGCCACCCCCCUGCUGGACAGUGUGAAGAAGAUGCAGAGUUCCCCGAGCCCAGCCACCCUCACAGACCCAGCUGGAGCAGCCAGUGCUGGGGUGCCUUCCCCACCGAAGCCGGCCAGGCCACCCGCUGCCGCAGGGCCCGCAGAGCCAGGGCCCCGAGCUGCCACCUCUUCGUCCUCCAAGCCCUUGUUGACCUCUUCCGCCACACUCCCCGUCACUACCACUAGCCAGGCCUCCCCAGCGCAUGUGUCGUCGGACAGCUCUCCCAAGCCGCCCCCCAAACCCAGCAUUCUCUUGGGGAUGCUGAGUACCCCGCCUCUAACUCCCACCGCUCCUGCGGCUGCUUCGGCUCCUCCUCCCGCCACUUUCAUGUUCAAACCCAUUUUUGGGGUUCCCCCUGAAAUGGAGCGUGGCGCUUUUUUGCCAGCUGCCCCCCGUGCCACAGCUCCUGUGUCUUGUGGCUCUGUCCUACCCCCAGCCCCCAGCCCCUCCACCUCAAUCUUUAAGCCCAUCUUUGGGAGCGUGGGCCUCCCCACAUCUGUGCCCUUGGCCUCAACUUCCCCUUUCUUGAAGCAACCCUCUUCUGCAGCCCCCACCACGGCCUCUGCCGCCACAGCCACCUCCAGUGGGACCACUGACUCGGGCUUCAAGCCCACCUUUGGCUUUAGGCCGAGCAGCUUGGCCAGCACCACGGCCAGCACCCCUGCUACCACCGCUAGCGCCGCUGCUGCCACCGCUAGCGCCGCUGCUGCCACCGAUAGCGCCGCUGCUGCCACCGCUAGCGCCGCUGCUGCCGCCACUACCACCCCCUCCCUAGCACAGCCUUUCAUCUUUAGGGCUGCUCCUGCCUCUGGUGCCAGCUUCACCCCGCCCACUGGUUCCGUGUUCCAGUUUAACAAACCUGCUGCCACUGUCACUGCCGCCACCACCGCGGCAGCACCCACUACGACCUUUGGUGCCGCACAGACGGUCCCCAGCAGCACUGCUGGCUUUGCGUUUGAUGGGACCGUCACCAUAGCAUCCCUGCCGACCACCAGCCAAGUGACGACGUUUGGCCCCGCCGCCACCACCACUACCAGCACAGCUGCGUUCAGCAACCCCUUUGGCUCCAGCGUCAAGACGAUGCUGCCCCCGCCCUACCCGGGUGCUGCCCCUCAGCCUGCCUUUGGGACUGCUGACAGGCAGCAGCAGCAGCAGGGGACCACCAAAGCGGGCUCCAUAAGCUUCAGUAGCACAUUCAGCUUUGGGGGCUCGGCAGCCCCAAACCCCGCCCUUCCCCAGCCCACUUUUGGCGGGUUGAAGCCCCCCACCUCCUUUGGCACCCCUGCCAGCACGCAGCUGAAGUUUGGCAGCCCCGACAUGGUCUUCUCUUUUGACACGACCACCACCUCUAGCUUUGGGGCCACCACGCAGACCGCCAGCAGUGGCACCAGCAGCUCCCCGUUUAGCAAUGUGACCAAGGCCCCCUUCAUAUUUGGGAGCUCCACACCUGUGGCCAGCAGCGGGGACUGUAGGGCCAGCACGGCCGUCCCUGGAACCAGCUCGAGUACUGUGGCAUUCAGCUUCGGAGCAAGCCAGAGUGGGGCAACCAAUGCCACUGCCCCCUUUGGGGGUACCUUGAACCAGAACCCCCUGGGCGCCCCAAGUCAGAGCAUGCCCUUUGCCUUCAGUGUGUCCACCACCACCGAGAACAAGCCUUUGUUUGGAGGCACAAGCUGUGUGGGCAGUAGCUUUUCCUUUGGGACACCAACCACGCCAGCCCAGGGCUUUGUGGGAGCAGGACCAUCUUUCGGACCAUCGACCCCUUUAUUUUCCAUUGGUACAGGAUCCAAGACCCCUGGGGCCAGGCAGCGACUGCAGGCCCGGAGACAGCAUACCCGAAAGAAAUAACCUGUCCUGCCUCCUCCCCCCCCAGACCCUUUCCUUCCUUUCCCAGCCCUCCCCUCCUUGGCUCCUGCUGUGAAGAGCCUCGUCCCUGUCCCUGUUUUUGUACAGCAAGCCCACCCCAGCCCCACCCCCCACUUCUCCGGCAGCAGCUGCCAAGAAGGCGGCUGCCCUGGAAGUGGCAGGUUGGAAACAAACCCUUUUUACUUGAACAGUUCCACUGCUAGACUGGAGAAACUUGUGUACAUAUCAUCAGCCUUGCCUUGCCUUUCCUGACUUGUCUCCUUGUGUUGUGUGUGUGUGUGUGUGUGUGUGUGUCUCUGUGUGUGUGUGUGCGUGUGUGUGUGUCAGCUUGGCCAAGGAACCCCUUUCCUGCACUCUGCCUGGCCUCUGGAGAGGCCUCCAAGCCUGGACACAGGGAGGGCUUGGCCCUGAGCCUCCCAGCUCUCCUCCUGCUCCAUGUGGCUGCAAGGGCAGGCUUCUUGCUGCUUUUGCCUUGGGUCUUGGCUCCUGCUCCUUGGACUUUGUCCCCGAAGGAAGCAUUCCUUUUCAUGGUGUUGGUCUGGCUUGGGUUUGCCUUGGGGAAGACUCCAGGAAUCAGGAGAAGCCUCCAUGAAGGCUACUCCUGAUGCACCAUCUUUCUUCCUUCCCCUGGAGAAAGAGAGGAAGGUUGUAGCCUAAGUCUUCCCUUUGCGAGCAAAGCCCUUAAGACCUCAGGGGUUGCAGUUAGCCAACAGAAAAGGAAAGCACCUUUCCCUCGGAGCCCCCGCUGGCCAGCAAAGGAGCAGGCCAGACACUGCACCACUGCUCCUGGCUUCUCUCCCUUUCCUCCCCAGUGCUGUUUUUGUUUUCUGGGUUCGUCUGUAUAAAGCCGUGUCCUGUCAGCGUUGCUCUGUCUGAUGCUCAUUGAAUCGAGUUUGGAGGAAAAUUUGACUUGUGUGAGUGGCGGCAUGUUGGUAGUGCCGGACUUGGUGUAAAAAGCUUUUUGGGGUCCAGGAGUUUCCCACAGAAACUGGACCCACUCAAUUGGAUGUGGAACGUGGCCAUGAGAGGCUGCACGUGCUGAAUGACUCCUGAAUUUUCAAACAGUGUUUUGAUUCGAAGGGAUGGCAGCCCAGGAAGGAAUAAGGCCCAAGGGACAGGGUGCUGUGAAUGUAAGCAGAGGAUAAGACCCCCACCUUGCUUUGGGCUCCCCUACACACAUACACACGUCUUUGUGAUCUCACAGUAGGGCAGGUAUCCCUAAAUUAGUGGAUAAUCUUAUUUUACUGCUGGGUUGCAUGCUUUUUUGGGUUUGGGGGGGAAAGGGAGAGCAAGGAGGGUCACCAUGAAGGAGCCCCGCCUCAGUAAGGAAAACCCUGCAUAAGGUAGCCUCCUUCUGGUUCCUUUGGGCCAAGAAGGAAAGCCCCAUUACUCAAUAGGCGAGCUCCACACCUGCCUUCCAGAUCAAGGAUCACUUGUUACCGAUCAGGGCCCGUCCUCUAAACACCAACUCGGCCCAGAGCACCCUCUCCCUGGCCCAGGAGCCUCGCUGCUCUGCCAUCACUUUUGGGAGAAGUGUGAAUGUGUAUGGGUGAUUUGCCUAAGUCUAAAUUUAAGAAAAAGAAAAAAAAACUAUUUAAACAUUUUUUUAACAAAAUAAAAUUUAUUUUUAUAUUUAAGCUAAAUUGCCUUUUGAAUUCCUUCAAGCUUGGUUCAUUGAGGCUGUGAAAGUCCAAAGCUGUUGUCCAGAAAUUAGCUGAGCAGUGAGAUCUGGGGGAGGAGGGAGCCUGACGCUGCCCGGCAGAGGAAGGGCUCACUUAGACUCCCUUUUCACCCAGGGAAUCGUUCUGUAAAAUGUACUUAAUUCUUCUAUAAUAAUGUAAUGUAUGUGAAUGUGGCUAGGGCGAGGUUCCCCCCUGUGAUAGCAGCUCUGGUGGUUGCAGUUUUGGAGGCGGGAGAGGGACACUGGAAGGUCUCAAGAGCUCCAUCUUGAGCCUGUGUCUCAGCCACUGCUCAGUCCCACGAGGACCCUGGGGAAAGCUGAAUCAGGUCAAACCAGCCUUUCCACAGCAGUGGUGGCAGCAGGAAGCCUGUCAGUUACCAGAACAGCCCAGAGAUCUGCCCACACCCACCCAGCUCAGCCUCGGCCCCGUGCAGGUACAUGCACGAGACCGGACGGGAACAGGAGACGAAGCUUUCCAUAAGACGCUGUUCCUGUCGAGUCUGGUGGGAAUUUAGUGUGAAUGUGCAAUUUUUUUUUCCUUGCUUCUUAUAAUGUCAUUGAUUUUAAAAAUAAACAGAACUGUGAUUUCCA